AUGUCCAUAUUUAUGGAAGCAGUUGAGUGCGCACUGAUGAUGUAUCCUCGUAUGGUGACGAAACGUUUGCAAGCCAAUUGCCAAGCUCGGCGAACAGAUCAACAGCCACCUGAUAAACAACCAAUGAACUCACCCGAGCUACCAAUAUUUCAACAAAUUACCAAAACCCUACAUUCUCCCACUGCCUUGUGGGUCAGACUUUUGAGUCGAAGGCUCAAGGUGGGUGCCAGUGCUAUUCUAAUCGAAGAUUACGGCCCACCGUUGCAAAUAUGUAACGCAAGGAUAGAAUGGCUUAUUGAUUUGCGCUACCCCUCCUCUGUGGAAGCUCGAGACCAGAUAACCGAAGUAGAUGGGUCUGAACGCAGUCAAUCAGCGGAGGACUACAACAACCAACACAUCGCUACGCACUACUACGUUCCUAACAAGGCAGUGAUGAUGAAAUCUCGAUUGGUGAUGAAACGUUUGCAAUCGAAUUGCCCAGCUCAGCGAACAAAUCAACGACCAUCUACUCUAGCUGAGCUACCAAUAUUUUCCUCUAUAGAAGACUGCACUUACAGAACGAAAUACCAAUUGAGAAUCGACAAUAACAGUGGUGAACAAAACGGAAAGGCCAAUUGCAGGGUGGGGAUCUAA